UCCAUUUAUUUCCCAGCUCUAAUUCAAACACACGUGACGCAUUAUGAGUAAAUUUAAUCAUUCUGUAAAAGUUCCAACCCAAUACCGGGCCACUGCAAAAAUAUUGAGAACUGCAUUGGAGAAACAAAAGUCCAUCAAAUCUUUGAUAUUCGAGGAAAGGCAUGCGCGUGUUCGAAGUCUGCAAGCGGUUCUGAAACAUUACAGCGAUAAUCGGGGUGCCGUAGACCAGGCCAUUGAAGACACCGGUCUACUGACAGAGAAUCCCAAUUUGGACCCAUCGCUUGCAAAAGUUCUAGUGACUGAGCUAAUCUUUGGACGCAAGCAGCUAAACGGCGAGAGCAAACCCGUACAGACAGUGCGCCGCUUCAAGGAGAAACUGCAGCAAGCCCUUACUGGAGCACUCACCAAGGAAGAAGUUUUCAAACCUCGUUAUGUGCGCAUCAACACGAAUCUGCUCAGCAUCGCUGACGCAUUGGAGUACUUGGCCAGUGAGCAAUGGCGGCGUAAGGAGUUGCCAGCGGACGCAAGCUAUCCCGAUUUCUUAGCAGCCAUUAAGUCAUUGGAAGAGGAUGAGUUUAUGACAGACAUAAAUGUUGCAAGUGUUUUAAUAUUCCACCCGAAAACUGCUUACUAUUGGGCAUCCCAGGAUUUUGUACGCUCGAAGAAGUUUAUCUUGCAAAGCAAAGGCACAUGCCUGGCGGCCGAGUUGCUAGACCCGCCACCUGGUUCUACGGUACUGGAUAUGUGUGCUGCUCCGGGCAUGAAAACUGUCCACUUGUGCAAUGUAAUGGAAAAUAAGGGACGCAUUUAUGCAGUGGAACAGUCAGGGGACCGAUACAAAACAUUGUGUAACAUUACAGAUGCGGCUGGCUGUAAGAUAGUAACUCCUAUCUUGGGUGAUGCUUUGACCAUGGAUUCCAAUUCUUGUCCUGAUGUUGAGUAUAUACUGGUCGAUCCCAGCUGCUCUGGCAAUGGCAUGCAAAAUCGCAUUAGUGUCGUUGAUGAGCAGAAGGAUGAUGAUCGUUUGUUCAAACUAGCCGGACUGCAGGCCAAGAUUCUUUCACAUGCCAUGAGGGCUUUUCCCAAUGUUAAACGCAUUGCAUACUGCACUUGCUCAUUGUGGCAGGAGGAGAACGAGAAAGUAGUCCAAUUUUGCCUGCAAGUGAAUCCAUCCUUUAAAUUGCUUAGCGGCAAGAAGGCCUUGCGCAACAAGUGGCAAAGUGUCGGCGACAGUGAGAUUGCUAACAUUGGCAAAAAAUGUUUAUAUUGCCGACCCGAUUCAGAUCUUACAGACGGCAUCUUUUUGGCCCUCUUUGAAAAACGUCGGGAAGGCGAUGAAGAUUAAAAAUUUGUCAUUUUUCAAUUUAAAUACAAAACAACAUUAUCUAUAUAAGAUUUGGAAAUUAUAUCUUUAUUUCGAACUUUUUGUAUCGAUUGCAUUUUUUCAACUUCAUAAUUUUUGCGUUUAAAUAAAAAAAAUAAUACAAAAUGAA